AUGUUUGGAAUACUGAUUAAACAGAGGAUAAAUAAUGGUGUUUUAAUGAGUAUUAGAACCCAUAAACGAAAAUCAAUUAAUGCAUUAACUAGGGUACAAUUAUUACAGGAUGUCGAUGGUGUUGGUUAUAAGGGAGAAAUAAUAAAAGUUAAACCUGGAUUUAUGAGAAAUUAUUUACAUAUUGAUAAUAAAGCAUGUUAUAUAAAUGAAAAAAAUGGACCAAGAAUACCAGUUGUAGAUAGAGAUGAAAUAAGAGAAAAGAAAAGAAAAGAAGCAGAACUAUUAAAACAAGAACAACAAGAAGAAAUAAUUGACGAAGAUAUUGAAAAAAUUAAAGAAAAUAAAGAUACUUUAACUUUGGGAGAAUUGAGUGAUUUAUUCUCUAAUAUGAGUAAAAAUAAAAAGAAUAAGAUAAAUAUGGAAAAAACAUUUGAAAUUAAACAAAAUUUAAUUAAAGAAAAUGAAGAAGAAUUGCAACUUAGUGGUGAUUAUGAAGAAGCAGAAAUUUUAAAACAAAAUUUACAAUCAAAUAAAGAAAUUAAAAUACCUAAAAUUAUAACAAUUACAACUGAUACAUUACCAAUAAACAAAACAACAUUAUUUGAAUCAAUAAAUAAACAUCAAGAUAAUUUAGUUGAAUCACUCGAAAGUUUCAAAAUUAGUUAUAUUGAUACGCCAAAUGAGCAUUUGGAAAUUAUAGAAGAUAAAGGUAGAUAUCAAAUUAAAUUUCAACAUGAAAAUGAAGAAAGAACUACUACAAUUGAAAUUGAAUAA